AUGAAGCCGCCGACACGAUCGCAGAACCGCCGUGACUCGCAGGCCGCGUCUUCCAAGGACAAAAAGCCUACUCAAGAUCAGACCUCUUUGGCGCCUCCUUCGCGACCUGGUGCGCCUACUGCGUCUGAUACCCCGGACUACUUCAAUUCCAUGCACAACCCAUUCUCUCUGGAGCCCAACCCAUUUGAGCAAUCCUUUAGUGGUGGAUCAUCUGCCGAAACCCCGGGCAAAUCGCUUCUGCCCCCGGUGGCUUCACUCACUUCCCCGGCUUUGCCUGGAACAAGCUCUGCUGGCGGGUAUAACUGGCCCAACUCCCUCCGUUCUGGACCUCUCAGUCCGGCCAUGCUUCCAGGGCCCACUGGAUCUAAUGACUACUUCGACAGCAUCGGUCGCGGUUUCCCUACACCCAACGAAUCUUCGCUCCGCACUGGACUGACCCCUGGAGGCGGUGGUUCCAUGUUCCCAGCCCCCAGUCCCAACUCACAAGCUAUUCUACAACAACUCCAGAACGGCGGCGCGACUCCCUCCACCAUCGACUUCCAUCGCACCGCGCUCGCUGCCAAGAAGAAUAACGCGAAUGCACCAACCUCCAACCCCAACGAGCAGGAACAGGCCAAUAUGGAUGUAAAACCCGCUCGUCCUGCCGACUUCACCCAGCAUGACGCGGCCGAUGCCGCCAACGGACUCUUCAUGCUGGCCAAGGGUGGACAGCAGAACAACAUGCCCAUGAACCACGCUAUGCAGAAUGAGACUCGCGCCGCUGCUGCUCGACGCGUUUCUCAGAAUGCCAAUGGCGACAGCGGAGAUGGAUCUGACCAGGAUAUGAAGCCCGCCAAGGGUAAGGGCAAGCGAAACGCCAAGGGUGCGGCUGCCAACAAUCGUCGCAAGGCCGACGAUAACCAAAAGGGACCCAAUAAAAAGGCCAAAGCCAUGGAAAUGCCCUCAGAUAUGGAAGAUGAGGACGACGACGAUGAUGAUGAUAUGAAGAAGUACCCCAUGGAUCCCAAAAAGAUGACUGACGAGGAGAAGAGACGCAACUUCCUCGAGCGCAAUCGUGUCGCUGCUUUGAAGUGUCGUCAACGGAAGAAGCAGUGGCUGGCCAACCUCCAAGCCAAGGUUGAGCUAUUCACCACAGAGAACGACGCUCUCACUGCCACCGUCACCCAGCUGCGUGAGGAGAUCGUCAACCUCAAGACUCUGUUGCUAGCACACAAGGACUGUCCCGUCUCCCAGGCCCAGGGCCUUGGCCCUUUAAUGAUGAAUGGCAUGUCCGCCGGAUUCGACCAUCAUAGUGGCUAUAACAUGCCUCCUAACAUGGGCAUGCAACCCGGUGCCAUCCCUGCCCAGGGCAUGCGCCGGGCCUAA